AUGGAGGGCGUGUCCACUUCGGAGGGCCUGCGGCUGUGCCUGGGCGGCAGCCCCCCGCGGCGAGCAUGCAGGGCGGCCCAUCCGUCCAGGCCGCCGCGAUCGUGGUCGGGCGUCAGGGCUAUGCCCGCGCUGGCGUCUCUGCUCAAGAGGAAGGGGCGCGGCGGGAGCUCGGAAUGGUCUGCCACGCGAUCGGGCUCUGAGGGGCCCCGAAUGGAAGGUUCUGAUCGGGACAAACUUGCUCGGCAGCUGUCCAGCGCCUUGGUGUUGGCAUUCUUCGCUUGCCAGACCAAGUCGCUGCCAGCUGCACAGUGCCUUGUGGAGACGGUUGUGGAAGCAUUUCUGGAGGGAUUCACUGCCGAGGACAUGCAAGUGUCUGUGGCACUCACUUGCUUGGAGGCCAGCAAACCCAUUCUUACUGAUUUAGAGCAGGACAUACUUGUCUCUUGGGUGGCCCUUGUGAUGCUCACACUCGCACAGCUGGGAAUCCGGCCACGGCCACUGGCUCCAACGUCCACAAGCACCUCACAAGUGGAUCGACAGGUUCAGGGUAUGUCAGGUUUCGUGAAGCAAGUGCUCCAAAUGUAUAUGAAGGGAAUGGACCUCCAGCGUCUCACCCUCCAACAGCAGAUGGCAGGGGCAGAUGAGGCUGGAAGGUCUCCAUCUGCACGGCUCAUGCAGCAGAACAACCUUCUCAUCGUGCUGACCAUCGAGGUCCUGAAAUGCCUUGGCCUGGGAGCUGACAUAGAGCUGGAGCCGGUGUCUGCACAGAGCACCCCAACUGCCGCCCCUGCCAGUGAUAGUCAAGAAACAGAAAGGGAGGGAUUGAAAGCGCCAUCUGCAGAUGCAGGGGUGAUGAGUGCACAAGGGGACGCCCCCAACAGUGGGCUGUUACCUCUGGAUUAUCCACAGUCAUUCCAACAAAACAGUCGUGUGCUAUGUGAACAACAAGAUGAUGGAGACAAGUGCUUGAGUCGGGGCACAUCUGUGAGGCUGUUGAUAUGUUUUGUGGGAGGGGCUGGUUUUGGCUCCCUCCUAUCCUUAAAUGCCCUGGUGGAUGACUUGAUUCACAUUUACAAGCAAGGAUGCACUGCCAGCCAAGUGCUGGAGGGCCUUAGCGAGGAGGAGUUCAAUCAGAGUGGGGGACUGCUCCCAGUCAUGGACCCCGGGCCAGGGGGAGGGUAUAGCGUCAGCAGAGAAUUGUUUGGAAGGUGGGUGAGCAUCGUCUUCAUGACACUGGCACAGCUGGGCGUCACCCACCCAUUGGCUGCAUCUGCAACAGGAUGGGCGUGGGCAUCUGUUUCGGACGAUGCAACAGGUGCCUCCACUGCAAUGGAGGUCACCAGGCUGUCCGACUUUGUCGCAAACAGCCUGCGUAAAGCAUCUGGAAGCCCGGAGGCCAUGGACUUGGUUGAGCGGCUGAAGGGUAAGCCAGAGGUUGCUGAGGAGCUGCCACGCAUAAGAGAGGAGGCUGUAAAGAAGGCCUUGAAAGACGGAGGCCUCACCAUGGUGGGGAUGGAAGACGAUUGGCUGAGUGUCAGUUCAUCGUCGGCUGAAGUGUGGCGGCAGCUGCUGCUGUUGGUGGACAUCACACGAGCCAAGGUUUCUUGA